AUGAUCCCUAAACCAAAAGGCCCAAACACAUGGUAUAUUUCUGCAAAGCCCCAUUUUGCGCUCCUAAACACUCACGACAACCCCCUUCCUGAUCCAUACAGGAAUCCUUUCAUCGAGAUGGCAGACACCCCAGGAUUCAGCGCCAAUAUGACUGAGGAGACUUUGAUCGCCUCGGCAAGACUUCACAAUCAGUUCCCCCCCGACACUGCGUUUCCUCAAAUAGAGCAACUAUCCGAUGGACUUGAAGAACUCUGUGCAAUAAUUGCAAAGUACAAUGCCCAGAGCCAUUUCCGGCUGCGACUCCUACAUCGCCAUAUGACGAUCCCUGAAGGGCAAAUAAUGUUAGGGACUAGAAUAACGAAACCUCUCGGGUUCUGGACUAGACCUACUCGCAUUUCCGACAUCGAUUUACGCAAAAUCUAUGGUCAUAUUUUUUCGGUAGAUGCAGCUAGGUAUACGAGUGAAGGCGAGAUGAGAAAUGCCCUUCUAUUUCCCUCCGAGUUUCGCGAAGGUCCGCCAGUCAGCUUUGGAAACAUAGACGGUAAUUUUUUUACGGAGUUCACCGACUGCCUCCGAACGAAGGGACUGGAAAAUGUUUUUGGACUUGAGGUAGUACAAGAUCAGCUUGGGAAAAUGAUCGAGUUUUCUUUCGAUAUUGGCAGUCUCUUGCUUAAGGAGGAGGAGGUGAAUGCAGAGGUGAGGGGGGAGGGGAAAGGACAGUUCGAGCUCCAAGAAACAGGAUGGAGUGUCAUGAUUGAGGAUGAGACUGUCUAUAAGACCGGGGAGACACGUUGCGCUACCUUUGCGACUGGCCAUGUUAAAGUUACCGACAGCAAGGCUAAGGGCGUGUUAGACGUUGUGAAGAUCUUGAGAGAUGAUGGUGUAUUGGCCACGUAG